AUUUUGCCAGAAACGCAUGACAUCCGACAAUAGAUGUUACGCUUCGGCUGCAACUAUGGAUGCCUAUGGAAAUGGCAGGUUCAACGGUACAUUGGAUAUGAAUGGGUACAAUGAAAGUCAAUCUUUCAGCGUUUAUCGCUCAUUCGUUGAGCGGCAGGUUCUCUCCAGCGUAAUUUCCUUCAUCAGUGUGUUCGGUAUCCUUGGAAACACGGCAGUCAUACUGGCUGUUCUGUUGGUCAAGAAACUGCAAACAUCCACCAACGUCUUCGUCCUGAAUCUUGCCGUAGCUGAUGUCCUGACGUGUGCCUUGCUUCCCUGGCAAGUUGUUGCCCUCUUGAAUGACGAGCUCGUCUUCCCGAUCUGGCUGUGUCGGACAGUAGCCUUUGUUCAGCUAACAUGCUCAGGCUGCAACGUCAACACCCUGGCUUGUAUUGCUGCCAACAGCCUGAUUGGUAUCACGACCCCAGCGCACAGCAGGUACCGCAAGCUGUUUACGCCACUGAAUCUGUCUCUGAUGGUCGCCUUGACGUGGUGCGUGCCCGCUGCAGUGGCCACUUUCCCGUUCUUGUCCGACUACGCAGAGUACGGCUACAACCCACUGUACAACACUUGCGUCUGGCACUCUAACAGAUCGUAUGGUCUGGCUUACGCGAUGGUGUUGGCCAUUAUGUUCUUCCCUUUCCAAUUUACUGUCCUUCUCAUAAGUUACUUCAAAAUUUUCCUAUACGUAAGAAAGAUUACUCGAACAACUUUGCGCAACUCAGGAAGCACCAACGAUGUCGACCAGGACCUGCAAAGGCGACUUUGGACGCGUCAGUUGGCGGUGACUAAAAACCUGUUCCUAGUAGUUUGCGCGUUUCUUUUUUGCAUCUUGCCCUACUUUGUCGUUCUUGGGAUCCCUGGUUUCGCAAAAGAAUACCUCGGGUAUGCCAAAACAAUCCUGAUGGCAAACUCCUGCGUCAAUCCGAUUAUCUAUGCCACGAGGCAUCCAGAUUUCAGGCUGGUGUUUGGCCGCGUCCUCUGCUACAAAUGUAAGAGACCCCAGACUCAGGGACGUGCAAACCACAAUGACAAAGAUCGUGAGAAGAAAGACAUCCGCUACACUGCAGUGUAAACGGUAUUUGACACACUCGAAUUUUACCGGGAGCUUCUCUCAAUAUCUACUGUGAAAGGAAGAAACUGAGACGGUUCAAAUCCUCUCCAAAUACUUUAAGUCUUGUUCAAAUAUUAAAACUUUUUUCUGGAGACAAUUAAUCAGUAAAACUAACAUUACAACCGCCAUUUUUUCACUGUACACCCGCCAUCCUACCUAACGAGUGGGUCCAACUAUUUAUUUUCGGGCUAAAGAAAACAGUUUCGUCUAAACUGGGUAUGGUAAACACAAUUCGUGACUAUGUUACACAAAGCAGCAUGCACAUAGUUUUAGUAAGCUUAGUUCUACUUUAGAAUACUGUUGUACUGCAUGGAGAGGAAGGUGCAUAUCUCACGAAAAGAGUUCUCAAUAAAUGUCUGAAAAGAGCAGCACGGAUGAUCUUUAAAUGUACCUCCCUCAACCCUUCAGCGGAUAUGUUUGCUAGACUAAUCUGGGUCCCAUUUUCUCAAACAGCUAGGUAAAAAUAGGCUCUUUGUGAUUUUAAAUGUCUAAACAAAAUGACUCCUUUGUACAUGACGAAUCUGUCCAUACCCUUUACACAGAUUAGUGAAACAAGACAAUCAACUAACAAGGUAUUUAUUGUUCCUUUAGCCGAAAAAGGAAUGUUAUGCCAAAGUUUUGCUGUGCGUGGUGCGAAUACAUGAAAUAAUUUGCAUGACCAACUCAGAAUUAUAGAAUUUCUUCAAAUCCGAACUACGCAAAGCCAUAAGUGAGUGAUAUGUAGUUCAAAAUGCUCUGAUCUACGGAGUUAUAUACUUGUUUUUCAGGUAGCAGAAAAGUAGUUUUUUUUCCAAAGGGGUUUUCGCCCAUCCCGUGAUCAGCAACUUAUGCCUUAUAGUUAAAUGUUUAAAAUAUGUACAAUGCAUAUACCUUUUGUUUAAUAUUUCUGAGAUACUUGUAUUUGUAAAUAGUAAUGCUCGUCGUAUGGUUUCACCAAUGUAAUUUUCCUUACGAGCUUAACUUUACUAAACAUUAUUAAAUAAUUUGUUAUAUAUGCAGAACCCCAAUGGAAACCAU